AUGGGAGCCAAAACACCCGACGGCCAUCAGCAGGGACCUAAUGAGUCCGCCGCACACUCUACAAUUGCCUCUAUCAACCCUCCCAAGCCAGCUGCAGCAAGCGGGCUUCUUCAAGGUACACUCGAAGGGGAAGAUGAAGAUGGAGACGACGACGAUGCUAAAUGCGGAGCUGAUGGGGAAGUAACGGACGCCAAAGAGGGCCAAAAGAAGAAAAGGAAACGCAACAAGAAGAAGAAGGGCAAGGUGCCCGUGCAUCAAACGAUUCCUCCCCGAGUUGCCUUGUCCAACCUUUUCCCGGACAUGCAAUUCCCCGCCGGUGAAGUCGUAAAUCGUGUUGUCGAAGAGAACCUGCAACGCACCACGGCCGAAGAGAUUCGCCACCAAGCCAUUCUGGACGACAUGGACGACGAGUUCUUGAGCGACUACCGUAAGGCUGCCGAGGUGCAUCGUCAGGUCCGAAAGCAUGUGCAGACCAUCGCAAAGCCGGGCAUAACUAUGACCGAGCUUGCACAAGAGAUCGAAGACGGCGUAAGAGCUCUUGUUGGUCACCCAGGUCUCGAGACGGGCGAUGCUCUCAGAGCUGGCAUGGGUUUUCCCACAGGGCUUUGCCUGAACCACAUUGCUGCACACUGGACACCAAAUUUCGGGAACAAGGAGGUGGUCUUGAAAAAUGACGACGUCCUCAAGAUUGACUUUGGGGUGCAUGUUGGUGGAAGAAUCGUUGAUAGCGCUUUCACACUGGCGUUCAACCCCGUGUAUGAUCCCCUGCUUGAGGCAGUAAGAGCGACCACCAACACCGGACUGAAGGAAGCUGGUGUUGAUGCUCGCAUGGACCAUCUGAGCGAGGUCAUGCAAGAAGUUAUGGAGAGCCAUGAAGUCGAGAUCGAAGGGAAGACCGUCCCCGUGAAAGCCGUGCGCAACAUCACCGGUCACAACAUUUUGCGCUACAAGAUCCAUGGCGAUAAGCAGGUUCCUUUCUACAAGACGAAGACAAACCAACGUAUGGAAGAGGGCGAUAUUUUUGCUAUCGAAACCUUCGGUACAACAGGCAAAGCUCGAAUGAUGGACGAUAUUGGUAUAUAUGGGUACGGUCGCAACCAGAACGUGAGCACUGCCGGCCUUCAUCAUGCGUCUGCUAAGUCGCUGCUAAAGACUAUCGAUGCAAACUUCGGCUCGAUAGUUUUUGCUAAGCGCUACCUCGAACGCAUUGGUGUCAAGAAUUAUCAUCUUGGCAUGCGAUCGUUGGUGCAGCACGGUGUAGUUGAGUCAUACGCACCACUAGUCGACAUCCCUGGUUCGUAUGUAGCUCAAUUUGAGCAUACGGUGUUGCUGCGUCCUAACUGUAAAGAGAUCGUCUCUCGUGGCGACGAUUACUGA